GACAGCGGGCGCGGCUCUGGGGUGGGGGCUGUGGCCGUGUCUGGCUCUUCAGGUGUGCGGUGCUUAUCCUCCCUGCGCACCUACAGCCGCAGACCGCCGGGGGGCGGGGGAUGCCGGGCUGCCGCAUCAGCGCCUGCGGCCCGGGGGCCCAGGAGGGGACGGCAGAACCAGGGUCGCCGCCGCCGCCCCGGGAUCUCAUGCCGUCCUCUCAGCCCCCGCCCCCAACUCCGACCUUGACCCCUACCCCGACCCGGGGUCAGUCCCCGCCGCUGCCUGACGCAGCCAGGGCUUCGUCAGACGCGGCCGAGGGCCAGGAGCUGCAGCGCUGGCGUCAGGGCGCUAGCGGGGUCGCGGGGCUCGCCGGCCCCGGAGGGGGCUCUGGCGCGGCGGCGGGGGCGGGGGGCCGCGCGCUGGAGCUGGCCGAAGCACGGCGGCGGCUGCUGGAGGUGGAGGGCCGCCGGCGCCUGGUGUCGGAGCUGGAGAGCCGCGUGCUGCAGCUGCACCGCGUUUUCUUGGCGGCGGAGCUGCGCCUGGCGCACCGCGCGGAGAGCCUGAGCCGCCUGAGCGGCGGCGUGGCGCAGGCCGAGCUCUACCUGGCGGCUCACGGGUCGCGCCUCAAGAAGGGCCCGCGCCGCGGCCGCCGCGGCCGCCCCCCCGCGCUGCUGGCCUCGGCGCUGGGCCUGGGCGGCUGCGUGCCCUGGGGCGCUGGGCGACUGCGGCGCGGCCACGGCCCCGAGCCCGACUCACCCUUCCGCCGCAGCCCGCCCCGCGGCCCCGCCUCCCCGCAGCGCUGAUCUCCACGCCCGGACCCCUGGCCACCCCGAGAAGCUUCGCCGAGGUGCCCACCGACCGACUGAUCGCGGACGCCGGCUAGAUGGACUACGGAUCCGCAGGAAGAGACAGUGGGGGGCCAGGGGCCCAGAAGAGGAGGCUGAGGUUCGCUAAAAUUACGGCCUGACUCACAUAACCAGGACAGGAUGUCUGGCAUCUGCUCACCCAGGGAUCCUUACAUAGCAGAACCUAGAGGCUUAACUGCCGACCUGUCACUAAGAUGGUUCGGCCAGGGUGGAACCAGGUGAUACCCUUUAACAGGCCCCAAGGGGGCAGGUAUGGCAUCAGCUUCCAGAAAGGGGGGACUUAAAGAGCCAGAUGUGACGUUAGAUAUGCUUCUCUUCCUGUCCAGAUGCCCUUCAGCCUGCCAUUCCUCUGUCCCCUCUGUGAAUGACCUGGCUACCGCAUUGCUGCUCACCAGCUGAGUUAAUGUCACUCUCACUUAUCAGUCUGCGAAGUGGAUCUCUUAACCUCCCAGAGGGGCUGUGGUGAUGUUAACCCAGGGCAGAGGUCCUUCUUCUUCCUCACUAAAUCAUGGAAAGAUAAUUUAUUUUUUUGUUGUUGUUUGUUUGUUUUGAGACAGAGUUUCGCUCUUGUUGUCUAGGCUGGAGUGCAAUGGUGCGAUCUUGGCUCACUGCAACCUCUGCCUCCCGGAUUCGAGCGAUUCUCCUGCCUCAGCCUCCCAAGUAGCUGGGAUUACAGGCAUGCGCCGCUACGCCCAUCUCAUUUUGUAUUUUUAGUAGAGACGGGUUUUCUCCAUGUUGGUCAGGCUGUUCUCGAACUUCUGACCUCCGGUGAUCUGCCCCCUUCGGCCUCCCAAAGUGUUGGGAUUACAGGUGUGAGCCACUGCACCCGGCUGAUAAUGUAUUAUUUUAACUCACACCUGGAAACAGGCACUGCUUUUGCUGAUAGAGCCAUGAGCUAAUUUAAAGUCCUACUUUUGCAGAGUGGAGAAGGGAUUUCUCAAGGUCAUAUGCCAGUGAGGGAAGAACCAAGGUCCCUGGCCUGUGUGUGCACCUCCCACAGUACCCUGGGCAGGGGCUAGGGAGAGUUGUCCUCUGGAUCCUGUCUGCUUUGUGACUUAGAACAACUCUGCCCCGUCUCUGGGCCUCUUUCCUCAGUCCCUCCUUGAUUCAGGGCUUGGGAAUGGGGUGAAGUGGGGAGGAUGCUUCCUUCCACAGGAAUCUGUGAGGGUCAGGUGGACUGCUCUGACAGGCUGAGGCUUGGGGCCCUUAUGGGACCCUCCCUCAUCAGCCCUUCUCCCUGGAUACCAAACUUUUUGGCUGGUUUCUCGGCUAACAGCAAGGCUUUCCUGAACCCUUUCUUAGCUGGGGAAGGGAGGUUCAGGAGGGUGUCUCAGAGCCUCUGACAAAGGUGGGGAACCCCAGGGAAGUAAUGAAGGGGGCAAUGCCAUCCUCUGGUCUUUCCAGACAGGGAACACCUUCCAAAGCCACUUGGGUCAUUUGGGGUCUAGAGGCUUAGAGAGGACAGGACAUCUUGGAAGGAACUCAGCUCAGGCCUUGGUGGUGGGUUGCAGCCAGGACCGUUUGUUUUCUGGGUUGCAUGGGAGGGGGCACUUGGUCCGGAGAAGCUUUUAGCUAAUGGUGUAAAGUGCUUGGUGCCAUCACAGUUUUGGCUUUCUCCAGGAUUUAUUUGUAAUCAGCUUGUCCUGAUUUGGGGGUGGGGUGGGUGAGUAGAGAAUUAGAGAUGACACUGGCUAGUGUGUGUGUGUGAAGGAGAGGGUAGUAAAUGGAGAUUGGUCCUGGUGUCACAGGCAGCUCUGCCCCCUCCCUCCACUUCCAGAUGUCCCACUGCUCCUCAUCAAGCUUCCUGGCCAGGGCACACACAUGCAGACUUGAACCCCAGCUCCUAGUUAGUGCUGUGUCCAUUACCACAUAGCCAACCAACAAAAGGCACCUUCCCACACCUGCCUGACCAUCCAGGGCCCCCUCGAGACGCUCACCCGUCUGGCUUUAUUCAGGCUGGGUGCGGUGGCUCAUGCCGGUAAUCCCAGCACUUUGGAAGGCCCACGAGGGCCGAUCACUUGAGGUCAGGAGUUCAAGACCAGGCUGGCCGACAUAGUGAAACCCCAUCUCUACUAAAAAUAACAAAAAUUAGCCGAGUGUGGUGGCAGGUGCCUGUAAUCCCAGCUACUCGGGAGGCUGAGACAGGAGAAUUGCUUGAACCUGGGAGGUGGAGGUUGCAGUGAGCCGAGAUCAUGCCACCGCACUCCAGCCUGGGCAAGAGAGCAAGACUCUGUCUCAAAAAAAAAAAGCUCACCCAUCUGGCUCCAUUUUCUUCUUAAUCAGCAAAUAUUGAUAGGGGCUCAGAAAGCAGAGCCAAAUCAGAGGAGGGUCUCUACUUUUAAGGGCUUAUGUCUCCUGGCUCUUUUCCAGGCAGCGUUUCCUGGCUGUCACCAUCCCAGGGGACCCCUUGGGGGCAGAACAGUUUGUUGGAGUCCAGCUCUAGCCUCAGACAGAAGGCUGACCCACCCCUUUUCCCCACAUGACUUUCAGAACACUUUCUUGAUGGCCCCCAGCUCUAGGGACAGGACUGAGUACAGUGAUCUUGGGGGGCCUGUGCAUUGAGGACACUGACGGCCACCAAUGAAUUUAUAUCUCAGCAAAGGGAAAUGAAGGGAACAGGAGCCUUUCUUCAGGCUGGUGCUUGGGGCUGGGAGACCAGUUCAACGUUCUAAUCUGGGACUUGCCCCUCAACUGGAUAACCACGUGGGCGGUGCCACCAGAGGGCAGUGUGGGGCUGCUUUCUCGAGACGAAGGGGGCGUGGCCUGGAGGAGGUUCAGUCCUUUAUUGUUCCUGCCUCCAAUCAUCCCUUUCCCUGGUAGCCCCCGCGCUUCCUAGACCUUGAGCUGCAGGGGUCUGGGAGAACGAGCAGGGUAGUCAUGGUCGGCGCAGUCCUAGAGCGGGAGUGUAGUUCUGGGGAUAGCUUCCUGGGUGGAGUGGGACUAGAGGCCAGAGCUGUGCCCAUCAGCGGCUCCCUAGGGGCGGGAACCCUCUUUGAAAGGGGAGCAAAGGAAGCUCCUUUGGCUGGGCUGAACCUGGAACCCCAGGGAGACCUAUUAGGAAAGACUUCCAGGAAAGACAGGUAGCCCUUGUUGGGGUCACUAUCAGGAUGAAAGACCAGAGUCAUUUUGUAUUCACAGAUUUGUUACAUUAAAUGAUCAGAAUCCAGGGUCCCACGGCCAGUGGUGGCCAGGGUUGCCUCUUAGAGAUGAGGCUGGAGGCACAGAACGUGGCCGAGGUGGUCCAAGCCUGCAGCCGCUCCCCUGUUUGUGGGUUCUUCAAGAACAAUUCGGGUGCUUAGGCUUCUCAGAGCUGAAGGAGAGGCCUGCUGUCAUGAGAGCAGUGCAGGAGGAGGUAUUUGGGAAAGCUUGGAGAUCCCCAACCUACUUCUUCCCCCAUUGGUCCUUGACUGCACCCUGGCCAGGGGCGAUGAGGGAAGGGAAACUUUGGUUCUGGAAUAUUUUUUUUUUUUUUUUUUUUUUUUUUUUGAGACGGAGUCUUGCUCUGUCGCCCGGGCUGGAGUGCAGUGGCGCAAUCUCGGCUCACUGCAAGCUCCGCCUCCCGGGUUCACGCCAUUCUCCUGCCUCAGCCUCCCGAGUAGCUGGGACUACAGGCUCCCGCCACCACGCCCGGCUAAUUUUUUGUAUUUUUAGUAGAGACGGGGUUUCACCGUGGUCUCGAUCUCCUGACCUCGUGAUCCGCCCGCCUCGGCCUCCCCAAGUACUGGGAUUACAAGCGUGAGCCACUGCGCCCGGCCUUGGUUCUGGAAUAUUAACCACCUCCUCUAUGCCAGGCCCCUGAGCACUUUACACCCAUUAAUCUGUUCCAACCCUCCCAAAGUAAAGGUGAUUAUUCCCAUUUCCACAGGUGAAGAAACAGAGAGGGAGGGCGGGUGACUUGCCCAAAGACAUAGGAGCUAUAAGUGAGGGAUCCUUUAAACAUUAGGCCAUAUGGUGAUUCAUUUAUCAGGCUAAAGAGAGGUCCCUUUAGGGGGAUAUCUGGGCUCCCACAUUCAAGGCUGUGUAUAGUGACCCUUGGUCCUUGGGCAUUGGAAGGGACAUGAGAUGCUGGAGGGGUGGCAGAAGGUGCCCCUCCCAGAGUCUGGGCACACCCCAACCUGGCUGGGCCCUGGGGGUGAAUCAGGCUGAGUCAGCAACCUGGCUUCUGACGAGAGUGGGCCAAGGAUGCUCAGGGCUCAAGCCUCCCAAGGGUUUGCCUUGGAGGGCUGCCUCCUCUCCCUGUAGAUCUGGGCUGGCUAACAGGUGAAAUCCCAUCUCUCCUAAAAAUACAAAAAUUAGCCGGGCGUGGUGGCAUGCGCCUGUAAUCCCAGCUACUUGGAAAGCUGAGACAGGAGAAUUGCUUGAACCUGGGAGGUGGAGGUUGCGGUGAGCUGAGAUUGCACCAUUUCACUCCAGACUGGGCAACAAGAGCAAAACUUCAUCUCAAAAAAAAAAAAAAAAAAAAAAAAGAAAAGAAAAAGAAAACUUGAGUAUUAAAUGAGAAGUCAUACUAAGUACCUGGCACAUAGUAGAGAUCCAUAAAUGAUGGAACCAAUUUGCCCAGCCCUGGAGAGGCCGCCAGGAGAGAACCCCCCAGGCGGUGUGGGCCUCUGCUUCUCUAGAGCAUCACCAUAUCAGGAAUCCCUGGAAUGGGCCCUGGGGAACUCCAUAAGGGGAGAAGUGGAGGAGGGGCAGGCUUUUCAUCCCAGGAACAUUCCAUUCUAACUGCUCAGGCUAGGGGAUCCCAGCCAAGGACAAAGGCCCAAGGGAACCUCUGCUUCCCCAGGAGCUCCAUUCCAUACUAUUGCCUCAUGCAUCUUGUCUCCACAAUGCCCCCACCCCCUUCAGGCAGAUUUCAAGUUGAAGGACUUGGGUGGGGCUGGGUGGCUGUGGGAAAGAGGCCAUUAAAGCUCUUGGAAUUAUUCU